AUGAUGGUGGCGGACUUCUUGGAGGGGAUCGUGGAGAAAUUCUUCGAUGGGGUGGUGGCGAACUUCUUGGAAGGGGGAGGUGGCGAACUUCUUGGAGGGGGAGGUGGUGGACUACUUGGAGGUGGUGGUGGCGGACUUCUUGGAGGGGGAGGUGGCGGACUUCUUGGAGGGGUUGAAGGGGGAGGUGGCGGACUUCUUGGAGGUGGUGGUGGAGGACUUCUUGGAGGGGGAGGUGGCGGACUUCUUGGAGGUGGUGGUGGAGGACUUCUUGGAGGGGGAGGUGGAGGACUUCUUGGAGGGGGAGGUGGCGGACUUCUUGGAGGGGGAGGUGGCGGACUUCUUGGAGGGGGUGGUGGCGGACUUCUUGGAGGGGGAGGUGGAGGACUUCUUGAAGGGGGUGGUGGCGGACUUCUUGGAGGGGGUGGUGGCGGACUUCUUGGAGGGGGAGGUGGAGGACUUCUUGGAGGGGGUGGUGGCGGACUUCUUGGAGGGGGAGGUGGAGGACUUCUUGGAGGUGGUGGUGGAGGACUUCUUGGAGGGGGAGGUGGCGGACUUCUUGGAGGGGGAGGUGGCGGACUUCUUGGAGGGGGAGGUGGCGGACUUCUUGGAGGUGGUGGUGGCGGACUUCUUGGAGGUGGUGGUGGCGGACUUCUUGGAGGUGGUGGUGGCUGA